AUGUCAGGCCCCGGCCCAGGCUCAAGCUAUUACAUUGGACCCUUCGGCCGUAUGUUACCCACCGCAGAUGGUCCAUACUCGGAGCAGCAACCCGAGCUUCCAGCUAAUUUGCCAGAUUCUGAGGACCCCCCAUACCAACUUCCGCCCCCGCGUGUACCGGCCGGUUUACAAUUCGGGACAGACUUGUCUCUCAGGACAGACCACUCCGACGGCAAAGACAAUGGACCCCAGAAGCCCGAACAACUCCCAUCCUUGAGCCAAAUCUUCACCACUGAGGCGCCUUCCAGUUCACACUCUAAAGUAUACGCUCCUCUGACCCCAGGAGCCGAACGCCGUGAAUCUGCAUACACUUUCCCCCAUCAUGACCCGAGGUUGUCUGCACAGCAUGCCCAGUCUGCCAUGCAUGAUAGAGCUAAAGGACGCUCCGAGUCACUUCAAUCCCAAAAUACCGCCCUGCCAUCGUUAUCCCAGGUGACAUCACAGAGUCAUAGAGAUCUGUCUCAUCACACGCCCACGAGGAGCGAUCCAUCCACAGCACCGUUUCCUCCCCCAUUGGCAUAUACCAACACACUGCCCCACGACCAAGGACCCGGAGAGCUUUCAUCGUCUGACGGUUCGGGCCGGCCAGUAAAGACACCUGUCCGACCUGCUGUGAUAGAUGAGCGAGUCAUAGAGGGAGAAGGGCUAUGUUUCAUCUACGCGGAUGGGUCAUAUUGCCCACAGACCAUCGAUGGGACACCGGUGAAUGCUAACUGGGGCGUGACCAAGGCUGGUAGGCCGAGGAAGCGACUGGCACUCGCAUGUUUGACGUGCCGGGAGAAGAAGAUCAAGUGCAAUCCUGCCACUGAGGCUAUUUGUGACCAAUGUCGGAAAUCGGGACGAGAAUGCCGGUUUGAAAGUGCCCCGCGCGGCAACCGUGCCUCAGCGAGAGGGUCAACCGGGCCUUCUGGCAGACCUGACCCCUGCGCCCCUCCUUUCGCCUCGGAUGGUUCUCCGUCACUUUACAACGUCACUCGAGACUCGUCUAGUGUGACCUCUCUCUCCGGGGCCAAUGGACAUUCGCCGGCUUCAGAGGGUUCAAACCUCACACCAUCGGGUCAAGAUGCCACAUAUGAAACCAUGGCCGAUGCAGACAGAGCUUUAAGGUCCCGGUCCUACCGUCUCCCACCCCAUUUCUCCACAGAUGACACCCUCGGACGAGCCUCGGCACAUAUCGAGACCACGCGUUCACCCGAAUACUCUGAGAUUCUGGGGGAACUCAAAGACAGCAACCUUGAUGACCCACUGAUGACCUCCUGGUAUAUCGAUCCGUACGAGGUUGACCCAGAAUCGACUCUUCAUUAUACCGAGUGCUACUUUUCGCACGUGAACAACGGUCUGUAUCACCUUUUCCCACAUGGUCGAUUCCCUCUGUGGUUGAAGACGUGCCCUACCAAGACUGCCGAAGACAAGAUGCUUCUCUAUACCAUGAUGACCCUUGGUUCCGUGUUUUCAAACAGACCGGACAAACUUGGAGCUAUGAAACAAUAUGCUCGCAUAGCCCGCUUUGCUAUCAACAAAAGUCAGCAUAAACUGUCCUUGCAGCUUGCGCAGAGUCACAUAAUCAUGAGUCUUUGGUACUACGCGACAGGCUCCUUGGCUGGGUCUUGGGAUUCGAUAGGCGCAGCGGGACGAGCAGUCUUUGGACUUCGCUACAAUGUGGAAUCUGGAGGCGUUGUCAGCCAAAGUCAGACAAAUGACUACGGGUUGCACCCGCAAGCAUUAAUUGAGUGCCGCCGGCGCACAUUUUGGAUCGCCUUCGUGCUCGAUCGCUUCUCGAGUCUCUAUUCCGCUUCGCUAACUAGCAUAUCGUCGGAUGCGGCCUUGUUAAGACUUCCCUGCCGGGAAGAAAUCUACGAAUCCCAGCAAUACGCCACCGUGCCCUAUUUCCAAUCCUUUCUCAACUACUCUCCAACCUCUCCCGAGAGUGACCGCUCCACUCUCAGCGCGAUGGCCUUCAUGAUCGAGAUCAUGGCUGUUUGGGGGGACGUCUCUUUACACGUUACUCGUUUACCUCACAUUCCCCCCGAAGCGUACAAUCGAUUUUCUGAGGAUUUCCAUGUCACCACCGUUCAAAAAGCAACCCAUUGGAUCAACCGACUUCCCGACUACUUGACUUUCUCGUCUAUGAAUAUGGAGCGGAACAUUCGACAAAGGAAAGCAGACACUUUCAUUUCGAUCCACUUAUUCUAUCACGCCAGUUUGAUGAAACUGUACAGACACACCCGGUAUCAGGCACUGCGACCCGAAAUGCUGGUCCAAUACAUUCAUCGAGCACGAUUCCACGCGAUUGAGAUUAUUCGCAUAGCACUGGCCUUUGACCAAUAUUCCAAGGAGAUCAAGUCUUCCCGGCUUGCCACAGAACCAUCUGCACCUCAAAUAUCCCUGCUGAACCCAUUCCUGGGCUACUUGAUUCUCUCCGCCGUGGAUGUCCUAGGCGCAGCCGGCCUAGCCUCCCAGCUACACGAGUGCAUCUCGUAUACCCGAAGCGCACUGGAGACAAUCCAGGAACUCAGUCGCUACUGGGACAGCUCUUUGCAACUGGUGACUGUUAUCCAAAGGCGUCUCGUGGUAAUGAUUGACUGCCUCAACGAGCGCAGCGUCAUUGAAGAGAAGCAGGGCUUCGCGUUGGAAGGGCCAUCCCUGGAAUCCAAAGCUCACACGGGGGGUUUACUAUCACAGCCACCCACCAGCCCAAGCGAGGAUCUAUUCUCGGGCUCAAUGCCCAAAGAAGUUCUUUUGAACGCCUUGCGAGUUGAUGAGACCCUCAUCUCAGCAAGCAACAUUGCCUGGAUCAGAGAUCCAUGA